AUGGACUCCUACACUGAAGAUACUACAACACUUUUUGAUUACUACAACGACACAGAGAGCUCUGGAGAUGGAAAUGACAGUCUCUUUGUGGAUGACUGUCCCAGCUCGCACCUUCGUGGCUCCAACAUCUUCCUCCCUGUGGUGUAUUACAUCAUAUUUUUCACAGGCGUUGUGGGAAACCUCUUUGUCAUCACGGUUAUGUGCAGCAAAGGUCAGAGAGGUGGGAGGCUGGUGGACACAUUUAUUGUCAACCUGGCCAUGGCUGACCUCGUCUUUGUGCUCACCCUGCCACUGUGGGCCAACUCUGCCAUCCAGGACGGCCAGUGGGAUUUUGGACCUGCUGGGAACCUGCUGUGCAAGUUCAGCAGCUACAUCAUUGCCGUGAACCGCUUCUCCAACAUCGCCUUUCUCACCUGUAUGAGUGUGGACCGCUACCUGGCUGUGGUGAAACUGAUGGACUCCAGGUACCUGAGGAGCAGUAGUUGCAUCCGCUGCACUUGCACUGCAGUGUGGGUGAGCUCCCUGGUGUUUGGCAUCCCGUCCUGGGUGUACCGCGAUGUGACACUUUCAGGUGAUGGAGUUUUCUGCGUGGAAAACAACAGCUCGCCCUUUUUUCUUGGCAUGAGCCUGGCCAUAAUUUUGAUCACAUUUGUUUUUCCAGUGUUAAUCAUCGUGCUCUGCUACGGUACUAUUGUCAUGCAUCUCAACAAACACUGUGUUGCUGCUGUGAAUCCUCGAGCAGAGGCCCGACGCAGACACUCUGUCAAGAUGGUCCUCUCCAUCAUCAUGGUCUUUGUGGUGUCCUGGCUCCCCUUCAACAUUUUCAAAACGAUUAUUAUUGGCUCGCAGCUCUCAGUGGGUUAUCAGAGUUGUGGUGUGCCGCCAUGGCAGAAAGAUGGGAUCCUCAUCUCAUGCUGCCUGGCCUUCAUAAACAGCUGCGUGAAUCCAGUCAUCUACUUUUUCUUGGAUCAUCACUUCAGGCGACAGGCCAAGAUCCUGUACACGACCUGCAGAGGGAAGCAGAAGUUACAGCAGAGUCACAACUCCUCAGCUUCUUUCACUAAUGCAGGCACGUCAGAGAGCUUUGCGACAAGUGGUGGUGGGAGAACUCAGCUUCACACGAUUCAGUAG